AUAUAUAGGCUGACCAACACUGACAAAAAUAUUUGAAUUAAAAUUAGCAUCAAAGAUACAAAUUUGUAGCGUUAGAUAGCUGUUUCUGGUUUUACCGUCAUCAGUAACGCUCAAGUUCAACUAUGGAAAAUAUACCAAAAUAUAGACCAAAAGUUGAAGAGUAAUGCAGAAGUCAUCUUCACAGAGAGCCAAUAUCGGAUGAGGUUGCCUAUGCUCGAGGGAGACACAAUGAAAUAUUCACAAUUAAAAAAAACUACUGUCAAAAUAGGUAUCUGAUGACAUUCAAGCACAAAUGAAAACACAUGUACUUAAAGACUCAACUUUCGGAUGAAAAAUGAUGUGAUAACAUCAGAUUGAAUUGUUGAUAACAAAAGCAAUAAUUAUCAAUACUAAUUGUUAUAAUUUAUUGGACUCUUUGUCUAACUAUUUGGUGUGUCAGAUUUAAAAAAAAUCUUGAUAUUUUGAUAUAUCAAAUAUAUUAAAUUUUCCGUUUGUACCCAUUUGUUUGUUCAGUAACUACGUCAGUCAGACUGCACGUUUCUGUGAUCUCAACAAUUUACUCACGUUUGGAAUGUUUUCACUAAUAAGUAUAUUUUUAUUUCAAUUGAAGGAAGUCAUGCUCAAAAUCUUUUAGCUUUUCACUGGAAGUACCCCCCGAAUACUCCAUUAGAGAUGGGACUAAGAUCAAUGACUGAUAUAGAUGUUUUGCUUGUAAAUAAAUACCAAACUGUAGCAGAGGUACCACAUUCCUCCAAACGUCAAUACAUAAUGAAAAAAAGUUCUCACUCAGGAUAUGUCAAUCUAUUCAAAGGAAAACAGACAAUUUCAAGUAAAGGAUUUAAAAAAUAUUGGAAAACUAUAAUAGACAAAGUUCAAAUGCAUGCAUUCCUCAGUGGACGUGGCAAAAAAUUUCCCGCCAGAGGAGAUAAGUCUUCAGGACCAGCAUUGACUAAAUUGGAAAGUAUAGGUAACAGAACCUUUUACGACCAUGAUUUUGUACCAGCAUUAAAAUGUGUUGGUUGGCCUUCUCAAGCAAAAGAAUGGAAGUUAAGAAAAAGACAAAGUGGAUGGCCAUCACCAGAUUUAAUCAGCAAGUGUCUAACGUCAGACUGCCAUGUUGUGCCCGUUGGUCACAAAUGCAGUUCUAAAUACGAUAAACGAAAGGAAUGGCGCAUAUCGUUUACCGGUGCUUCAUAUAUACUAGAACAUUCUUUGAGUUUUAACCAAAGACAAGCAUUUAUUCUGAGUAAACUACUGAUUAAAGAAACAUUAAACAUUCUUUUAAAACGCAGACCUAGUUUUGAAAAUUUUAGAUUAGUGACUUCCCAUGAAAUAAAAACGUCAUUUUUAUGGUUAUGCGAGGAAAAACUGGCAUGGGAAAACAUUUUCAUAGAUUGUAAUGAAAUAAUUGAAAAACUGCUAUACUUCUUAUGCAAACGGGUUCUUCCUGAUUACUUCAUUCCGGAAAGAAAUAUUAUUGAAACAAUAUCGGAAGAGGCAAUUGAACAAUGUAUCGAUUCCCUUCAUUCAAUCCUCAUCGACGGCAAUCUUCUGACUAUUUUAAAUAAAUGUCUACGGUCAGUUUAUGCUGAUGUCACAAACUAUCCUUUACCAAUGGUCCCACAAAUUAAAGCAUUUUUGUCUGAUGUUGACAAUUUCAUUGAAUCAGGAAAUCCUUCAAAUCGAUUAUACAUUUUGAGUAUAAUUCAACUUGUUGUGGAUGCAUUGACGGCAGCUUUUAUGAAUUCAAACAUGACAAAAAACUUUAUUGAUAUAGGUAAGAUUUAUUCGAACUUAACUUUCCUGCAGAAUUUGCUGAUCGGUAGACUCAAAAUUAAGGCUUUCUUUGAUCUUGACCUGAUCAGACAACUUUCUUUCAACACAUUUUCUACUAAAGCUGUUCCACUUCUUGAAGAAGUUAAUGGAAAUGCAAGCAUACAUGUAUCAAUGAUUGAUGAGAUGUUCGAGUAUUUUACAGAAUUGGUUAUAGAUAUCGCAGACAACUUCUCUGAUGUUCUAUCUCAGGAUUUCGUUUUUGAAUAUUUACAAAUGGAUAUAUGGGCUCCAGUUUCGCUGUUCCUUGGAGAUUUAUGUAUCCAAGCUGGGAUUCAAUAUAGAAUGCGCCAGGAAAUAAUCGAUUUUGAAUCUCUGAUCGAACAAAACUUGAAUAAUCCAGGCCUUGUUGAAUCAUUGAUCGACGGAUAUGGUACGAUAGAAGAUCUUCAAAAAAACUCAACUAUAUCCAAACAAAAGGUAGACAAUUGGUUCCAAAUAUAUACAUCUUUUGCUGAAUGUGGAUUAGAACUUUAUUUUCAUUCAUGCAAAAAACUAAAAUUAGAAGACACGAUAGCAUUCAGCUGCUUCGAAGAAAAAAUGUCUGUGUCCUUUGCAAAAUCAUUACGAAAAAACAUUCCAGAGAUAUUUGAUGAUGAAAUGCUAGGAAGUCUUGUGUUGCGGAACAGAAUUAAAUUAUUAUUCGACGAAAAUUUUGAUGACCUAGAUUUCAAUCUAUGAAAUUUCAUUAUUCAACGAUCAAAAUAGUUUUGUCUCAUAUAUCCCAAUGCAUGCGCAAUGACUGGAAAUCAGUUCAAUUUGUAUUUGUCAGUCUUUGUACUUUGUUAUUGCCUUUUGAUUAUGUUAUAUUAAUGCACAUACAUUUUAUUAUAAAUUAUGAUUUCAAUUCUGAUUGCAAUUUUGUAUGACAUCAAUAUGAAACAGUUUAGAAGAAAAUAAAAUGCCUUAAUACCGUGAAUGAUUUAUGAUCAAGUGACAGUUAAAAAUUUCCGUUAUGAAGAAAUUUUUAUAAAAACAAGUACUGUAAAAUCAGAAAUUUUUGCGUGCAUUAAUUGUUGCGAUAUUUGAAGAAUGGACAAAAAUUCAAGAUUCAUGAUUUACUAUUGACUUCA